AAGCUCGUAGCAGGCUAGGCAUUUCUGCUUCUCUCUGAUGCCCCACAUUCAGCGAAUGUCAAUCAACCCCCAAAGAGCCUCGGUACUUGGCCCGCUCCCCGCAUUUUUAUCCCCAUCUCUCAUCUCUCCCCACACCAAGCUCCGCUGUGAACCCAUUGAAGUCGCGGGAUGUGGAUGGUUUCCGAGCAAGCGUUCCAUCGCUUCUCUUGUCGACGUCGGUUUGUCCUUCAUGUUAUUUCAUGUUCCCUCAAUCUCACAUCAGUGUAGAGAUAGUUCUUGGUCUUCCAAUUACUCAAGUUCCAUCACGAGCAUAGUCUGAGUCAAGCGAGCCAGCUUAAGCCACUACUAGUUGUAAAAAGCCUAGCAUCUUCUGCCUUGACUUACACAUCCGCGCCGUCUUCCAGCAACACACCCUCACCCUUCCCCUUUGACCCUCCCCCAACGGACUCCACCAUGGCGGCUCCCACCGGCCCCAUCACCACGCCGCUGACCACGCUCCUGGGGAUCCAGCACCCGAUCAUUCUGGCGGGCAUGGCGCGCACGUCGGGCGGCGCGCUCGCGGCGGCCGUGUCCAACGCGGGCGGCCUGGGGGUGAUCGGCGGGUUCCAGUACACGCCCGACCAGCUGCGCGAGAUCAUCGCCGAGAUGAAGGCGGCGCUGCGGCGGCCGGACCUGCCGUUCGGCGUCGACCUGGCGCUGCCGCAGGUCGGCGGCGGCGCCCGCAGGACGAACCACGACUACACGGGCGGCCGCCUCGACGAGCUGAUCGACAUCACCAUCGAGUCCGGGGCCCGCCUGUUCGUCAGCGCCGUCGGCGUGCCGCCCGCCGACGUCGUCGACCGCCUGCACCGCGCGGGGAUCCUCGUCAUGAACAUGGUCGGGCAUCCGAAGCACGCGGUCAAGGCGCUCGACCGCGGGGUCGACUUGGUGUGCGCGCAGGGCGGCGAGGGCGGGGGCCACACGGGCGACGUGGCCAACAGCGUGCUGAUCCCCGCGGUGGUGGACGUGGCGAGCCGGUACCGGCCGCCGAUGCUGGGGGGCGGGCAGGCGGCCAUGGUGGUGGCGGCGGGCGGGAUCGGCGACGGCAGGGGCCUGGCGGCCAGCCUCAUGCAGGGGGCCGUGGGCGCGUGGGUCGGGACGCGCUUCGUCGCCAGCGUCGAGGCCGGCUGCAGCGAUGAGCACAAGCGCGAGGUCGUCAGCUGCGACUUUGACGGCACGGAGCGCACGCUGGUGCUCAGCGGUAGGCCCCUGCGCAUGAAGACCAACGAGUAUAUUCGCGGGUGGCACGCCCAGCCCGCGAAGAUCAGGGAGCUGUGCGACGGCGGCGUCGUCCCCGUCGAGUACGACCUCGAGAAGGGGAACGAGGUUGACCCGCCACACCUGAUGGGCCAGGUCGCUGGCAGGAUCAGGGAGAUUAAGCCCGCCGGUGAGAUCGUGGACGAGAUGGUCCAGGAGGCGGUGGAGAUGCUCAAGCUUGGUGGCACGUACUUGGCUGGAGGGGCAAAGAGCCGGUUAUGAACGGCCUGAGGCCCGGGAAUAUAUUGAUAGUGAUGAACAUGGUAGAGUAGGUUUGGGGGCUUGACCAAACUCCAUCGUCUAGUCGGCUGUCGAUG